ACUCUUCAAUCUGGCCUAGUGAUCAACAAAUCUCCCUUCCACACCACCGAACGGCCUUCAAAAACCGACGGCACGAGCCGCAACCGAGGAAUCUUACACUACCCGAUCGACUUCGACGACCUGGCUUUUCCGCUAGCCGUUGACUAUUUGCGCAAACGUCGAACCUGACAUUGCUCGACGUCGAGAUACCUCCGCUCUCCCACAUCCUUCCCACGAUCGCUAGCUUGCUUCCACUCCAUCGGCCAACAUGGCGGUCGCCCGCCCAGUUCGAGCUCUGGCAUUAGCUGCCGUGAUGCUUUGGUGCUUCUUCCUUUAUCAGAUCUUUGGCCCCGAAAGGCCGAUAAGCCAGAAGCCAGUGCGCUACGGUAAUGGAAGGGACCCCAACCUUGAUCCUACCGGCGAGCCUCAAGGUGUUCUAACAUAUGUCUCCGACAAAUAUGCCCCCGGCAUCGAGGAUUCUGCUCGUAUCAACGCUACCCUGCUGGCGCUGGUCAGGAACGAGGAGCUGGAUGGAAUGAUCCAAUCCAUGGUCGAUCUCGAGAGAACCUGGAACCACAAGUUCAACUACCCUUGGACAUUCUUCAACGAGGUUCCCUUCAGCGAGGAAUUCAAGAGGAGGACCCAGGCGGCCACCAAGGCUGAGUGUAGAUACGAACUCAUCCCCAAAGAGCACUGGGAGAUGCCGUCGUGGAUCAACAAAGACCUGUACGAAGAAUCCGUCAAGAUUCUCAAGGAAAACGACAUUCAAUACGCCGAUAAGGUUUCGUACCACUCCAUGUGCCGCUGGAACAGUGGCAUGUUUUACAAGCACCCUGCCUUGCAGCACACCAAGUACUACUGGCGUGUCGAACCCAAGGUCCAUUUCUUCUGCGACGUUGAUUACGAUGUCUUCCGCUACAUGCAGGACAACAACAAGACAUAUGGUUUCACCGUCAACCUGUACGACGCGCCCAAGUCCAUCCCGACGUUGUGGCCCGAGACCAGAAAGUUCCUCGCGCAGCACCCCGAAUACCUUCACGAGAACAACGCAAUGGACUGGCUCACCGAUAAGGCUGGUCGUCCCGAGAACCACGUUGAUGCGAACGGCUACUCUACCUGUCAUUUCUGGAGCAACUUUGAGAUUGCCGAUAUUGACUUCUGGCGGAGUCAAGCGUAUGAGGACUACUUCCAACAUCUGGACCGCGCUGGAGGUUUCUUCUACGAGAGAUGGGGCGAUGCUCCUGUCCAUAGCAUUGCUUUGGGUCUUUUUGAGGACAAGUCCAAGAUCCACUGGUUCCGCGAUAUUGGGUACCAGCACAUUCCCUUCUUCAACUGUCCCAACUCGAACAAGUGCAAGGGCUGUGUGAAGGGUCGCUUCACUGAUGGUGAGGCCUGGCUGCACAAGGACGACUGUCGCCCGAACUGGUUCAAGUAUGUCGGCAUGGACUAAACAACCGAAGUGGUUUCAAAGCACGAUUGCUGUUCUAUGUAAUUUUUGGUUGGCACCGAUUGGGGAUUUCCAGGGAAGCAUCUGGGUACAUUGGUGUUGGGCGUCUGCGGAACAUCCACGCGUGUGUGUAGAUUACCACGGAGUCAGAGACGGACAUGACUCUGUAUGAUUUGGAAGAUUUUGUUAGAUACGUGAACGUCCGGAAUGACGAUACCUCAUCACUGUUGCGGUGAUAUCAUAGCGAU